GACGCCGACCGCCGUUCUGGCGAUAUUAAAAUAUCAGCUGAUGUAUUUAAUUAAUUAUAAGUAUUUAAACCAUUGUUGAAAUAAACAUUUCAAAUUAUUUCGUGAAAUUGCCACAUAAAAAGUAACCACCAUGAAUUUAUCGGACAAUGAAGCUGACGACACAUCAAGCGUAGACAGCACAUCAAACACUGACAACACUUCCAGAAGUGAGACUCCAACUAACACUCGUGCCAAGAAACGGAGACGCGGGAAAAAGAAAACUGUUACAAAGCCAGUGAAACCACCAUACAAGUUCAAUUGUAGUGCCAAAGAGGACCACGGCCAGCCACUGUUUGGUUGCCAAUUCAACCACCACCUGGGGGAGGAUGAGCCGCAGCUGUUUGCAGUGGUGGGCAGCAAUCGAGUCUCCAUUUAUGAGUGCCCGGAAGCUGGAGGAUUUAAAUUGCUUCAGUGCUAUGCAGAUCCUGAUGUGGACGAAACCUUCUACACAUGUGCCUGGUCUUACGAAGAGGAGACAGGGCUACCACUGCUGGCGGUGGCAGGGUCGCGCGGGGUGGUGCGCGUGUUCAAACCCUCCACGCACACAUGCAUCAAGCACUAUAUAGGCCAUGGUCACGCCAUUAACGAGGUCAAGUUCCACCCCAAGGACCCCAACCUGCUGCUGUCUGCGAGCAAGGACCACGCCCUCCGACUAUGGAACAUCAUGACGGACGUGUGCAUCGCGAUCUUCGGCGGCGUGGAAGGGCACCGCGACGAGGUCCUCAGCGCCGACUUCGACCUCAAGGGCGAGCGCAUCAUGUCCUGCGGCAUGGACCACUCGCUCAAGCUCUGGCGCCUCGACAAGCCCUCCAUGCACGAGGCCAUCAAGCAGAGCUACUCGUUUAACCCACAUCGCGCCCUCAGACCGUUCAAUUCGCUGAAAGAACACUUUCCCGAUUUCUCGACGAGGGACAUACAUAGGAAUUAUGUGGAUUGCGUCAGAUGGAUGGGUGAUCUGAUUUUGUCAAAGUCGUGCGAGAACGCGAUAAUCUGCUGGAAGCCGGGCCGGCUGGAGGACGCGGAGCCACGGCCGGGCGACAGCUCCGUCACGCUCGUGCACCGCUUCGACUACAAGGAGUGCGAGAUCUGGUUCAUACGCUUCGCUGUCGACUAUAGCCAACGGGUGAUCGCGCUCGGCAACCAGUGCGGCAAGACGAUGGUGUGGGAGCUCGGCAACGUGGCGGGCGGCUCGCGAGUGGCGCAGCUGCAGCACCCGCGCUGCGUGGCCGCCGUGCGACAGGUGACGUUAUCACGUAACGGCAAAGUGCUGCUAGCGUGUUGCGACGACGGGACCAUUUGGAGAUGGGACCGCGUCAACAACAACACCAAUUAAACGAUUUGAAACUCUCCGCGAACGGGCGCGGAACUCGACUGCAUCAGCUGAGCUGAUCUCAACUAGGUAUCUGGAAAUAAUGUUGACAUUAUUGCUAAAGACUUAAUGACAUUUUUGUGAUACUUUAA